AUGAUGUUUGCCUUCAGCCUCAUUCGGGCCCUGGCGCUCCUGCUGCGCAUUGCCCAGGCAGGCUAUCCGACCAAUGGACGUCUGGCCAUUGCUGCCAGCGUCCUAACCAUGGCCGGCACGAUUCUCGUCUUCAUUAUCAACCUCUUCUUUGCCCAGCGGAUCCUGCGCGGCUACCACCCCAACUUUGGCUGGAGCAAGCCCGCACGCAUCGUGUUCCGCUUCCUCGUCGCCAGCGUCGUCAUCUCGCUGCUCAUGGUCAUCAUUUCGACAGUGCAGUCCUUCUUCACUCUCGAUGAGGGGACGCGGAUGCGCAGUCACAAGGUCCAGCUCUUUGGCGGCACUUACAUGGCGGUCCUGGCCUUCUUGCCCAUCCCCAUUGUGGUGCUGGCCGCCAUCCUGCCGCGCAAGUACGUGAUUGAAAAGUUUGGCUCCGGUUCCUGGCGCGCCAAGCUCUUCAUUGUCCUCUUUGUCGCGGCCAUUGAGAGCCUCGGCGCUGGCUUCCGCGCCGGUACCAACUUUGUGCCCCGGCCCAUGAACGACCCGGCCUGGUACGACUCUCGCGCGGCCUACUACGUCUUCAACUUUGUCUUUGACCUGAUUGUCACCUACCUUUACCUGCUCAGCGGCUUCCACCGGCGCUUUCACGUUCCCAAUGGCGCCAACGGACCCGGCUCGUACAUGGGAGCGCUGCCUACAGACAGAAUGUCCCAUGGCAGCCUGCGGCCCAUGUCGCAUCAGCAUCAGCAUCCUCACCACCACCAUCGCCACGUGGCGCAGCCAGCAUCGUUCCAAUCGUGCGAUACUCUCACAACGCAGCAGGGCCGGGCCCCGUCACCAAAGAUGCACAACGGCAAACUGCACGUCGGCUACACCGGGUACCAAAACGCAUCAGCCACGUCGCUCAAGAAGGGAGGCGGCAACAGCGUCCUUCUGCAGCAGCAGCAGCAGCGCAAGCAGCGGAACCGCCUCUCAAAAUCCAAUCCUCGCCCCUUUGGUCGUUCCAACGCCUCACUGGCCUCCCAGGAUACGUACGUCGGCUCCAUCGCCCCCAGCAUUGCCGAGACCCCGAGUAGCAUGUACCGGGGCUACUCGCCCAUGUUGCGGCAGUUUCCCUCGGACCCCUUUGUGGGCGUAGGCGGUGGCGGCGGUGGCGGCGUCGACACGUCCAUGCCGCUCCCGCCCGUGCCUGCGCUCCCCGCUUCCGCAACCGCCGCCGACAGCGGCUUGUACGGUGCGAGCCCCGAUGGUACGAUCCACGAGGAGCCCGACUACAUGGUGGCCGCGGGCGGCGCGGGCAUGGUCGAUGCCGAGGGACGACCGACGACGGGGUCGAGCGCUAGUGCCGGAGGCGGCGGCAGGGCGCGGCGACCGAGCGACGUCUUGUCCGACAUGCUCGACAAGAUGGAAAGUGUCCGAGAGAGCGUGGAAAUGUACCGCAAGAGGGGAUCCGUGGAGAGGACCACCAGUGACGGCCUGCAGGGGUGGCGAGGAGGCCUCGACUUUGAGGAUGAAAAGGAGGCGCUGCCGUUGCCGCCCCCGCCGUCAGCAGUUGCAACCAACGGUGUAUACAGAGCGGUCCCGACCCAUGACGCGACGCCGAGGCCGAGUCUGUCAAGCUCGCGGUAUGCUACGGAAUUUGAUGACCUUGAUUCUGAUGAGAAAAUGGGCGAACUAAGAAAGUCAUGA